GUCCCGCGACGGUGAGUCGUUUGCGCGUGUCAUUUAACACGUUAACAACGUUAAUUCUACGAAGCGAAGUGUCGAAACAAAUAAAUCUAGAUAGCGCUUGUAAAUCUUGAACGGGUUUCAAAAAUACCAACUACACCAGGUCGCAGAAGAGGUCGGUCAAAGGCGACACGGUUAUAGGAAACUGGUUUGAAAACGCGACGCUAUGUACAAGCAGUUGCUGGCGCUUCUCGCCCUUACCAGCGGAAUAUUUUGCGCUGUAAUGCCGCGAACGGAUACCGCCAAGGCUCAGAUAUUCGGGCAGAAUCAAUCGUCGAUAGUCAACGGGACUUUACACUUUCUGACUGGGUUGCCUUCGAACAAAAAUGAUUCUAAUCAGCCUGUAGUAAACAUGAGCGGCGAGAACAAUUACCACGCUACCCAGCAGAUAUUUUACGUCACCUGGUCUCCGAACGGUUCCAAAAGGAACUGCACGACGUUCGUACCCAGGGACGACUACGUUCUCAACGAAGGCAUCGGGGCUUACAAAUUGCACGCGCGUAGAAUAAGGUGGAACGACGCACGCGAGGCUUGCAUGGACGAAGGAGGUCACUUGGCCAUCGUGAACUCGUUAGCCGAGGAGAGCGUCCUGCUAAAGUUCAUGGUGUCCGCGAACGUCGAUCAUGCCUGGGUAGGCGUUCACGAUCUGUUUUCCGAGGGUGCCUGGGUCACUCUAACGGGCGAGAGUUUGGAAAAAGCUGGUUUCGACAAGUGGACUACGAUGUGGCCGAACGAGCCCGACAAUUUCGGUGGCCAUCAAAACUGUGGAGUUCUCAUGCAAUCCGGCGGCUUGGACGACGUCGACUGUGUCUUACACCACGGAUUCAUCUGCGAGAUCGACAUAUGCUGAUCGCGAGACUGCGGAUGUUUAUGCAUUUAUAGCGAUCAAGGGAGAAAUCUAUGAGAUUGCUCACGAACGACAAAAAUAUAUAAAAUAUCGAGAAUAGAAUACAUUUCGUUUAAAGAAUAGGACAUGCUUCUAUUUAAGCUUUAAUUUGCAUAAACAUACCACAGUUUGUCGUACAUCGAGGAUGAUCAUCAAGAAUAUUCGGUCGAAGGAUCACGCGACUGGAGAACUUUGUAAACUCCCUGCAAGCUGCCGUAUAGUAUAGUUUCGAUGUCGGUAAACCUAGCGUUAAACUAGCAAGAAAGCCUAAACCCCGAGACUGACGAUAAUUUCCUUCUGCUCCUUUACGAGCCAGGAAAGAAAUUGUAACUUGUUAAAAGAGCGAUUGCCGACUUGUUUGGAAAUAUACAAACACGAGCCAUCGAUA